AUGACGUGGGUUGAAGACACCGCGGCAGCACAGUUUCCACUUGCCACAGUUGUUAAACAACAAGGGACACUUCCCUCAUCAAAUUUGUUCACUACACUCCCAGUAAACCGUGUGCUUCGUGUAUUCCAACUCUGUGCUUUGCAAACACAGGAGGAGUUAGUGGACAUUUUGCGUAGUAGUCUGUUUGGAAUCUUUGAACUGGAGGGACUACAAACAUACCGCUAUGCGUACCAAGAUGAACUUAUGUUUCUCCUAGAUGCAGUCCUCUACUAUGGAUCUACAUGGAAACGAGCUCAAUCGAUAGGAGAUCGCAUGCAGAACUUAGUGCUGCGGGAUGAAGCCAAGGCGUUAGCGACGGGAAUGACAUCUGUGGUGCGAUUAGACCCAACACUCGUACCAACACGUGGUCGUCUUCUUCUUCACGCCUUAUUGACGGUAUGUGUACCAUAUAUGAUUCGAAAAGUUCAGAGAAAGUCAUUAGAGGAAGACUGGGAGCGUGAAAACCCAAGAUCUCUUAAGGCCAAGCUUGCCAAAGUCAUUCGAUUGCUUUCUAUUAUUUGGUCCACUCUUUCGAUUAUUAAUACACUUCAUUUUCUCGCUACUGCACAGUAUCGAACUCUAGUGGAACGUUUACUUUCCCUACGCCUUGUAUAUGGCACUCAAAAAACGCGACGUUUCUCAAAUUUAAUGUAUUUAAACCAACAUGUUACUUGGAAAACGUGGUCUUCUUUUCUUGCUCUGAUAAAUGUUGGUCGUUACAUUAGUCGCUUGACUCGCUCUCUUCAGGCCUUCACAACACCUUCAGGGAAUCUGGUUUCGAAUGAUACGGUAUGCUGCGCCUGUCAUGAUCGUCCCACCAUUGCCCAACGCUCCAACUGUGGACAUGUCUAUUGUUAUUACUGCAUCAAAAGUCGGCUUCUUGACGCUAAAAUGGCAGGAUCCUUUCGAUGCCUACACUGCGGAUCCACUGUCCAUCAGGCAUUCCCGCUCAAGUAG